UUGGCCGCAGCAUCCCACGGCAUGUGACGCCCGUGAUGGCCGGCAUGUGACGGACGACUUAACGCCACUCAGCAGCUUCCAAUCAGUUGGUUGCCGACGCGCCGCACAAGUUGCCUUUUGUCUGUCUUUCCGGGCCGGACGAACGCGAUACCGCUCUUUUAGCUUCUUGGCGAGCGCGAGCCAUAUUGGAUGUGUCCGCGCAACCGAAUUGGGAUGACAUGCUUGCGGUGAUUGUUGGAUUGCUGUGUCACUCAUGGACUUGACAUUAAUCAGAUGUCUAGCGCUGUCAAAAGCAGCCAAUCAGUUAAAAAAAAAAAAAAAAAAAAGACCUGGCCAAGAUGCACCGUCCCUCCUAUCAAUGAUUUUAUCUUUAGUAGAUGUCCUAUCCAUUUUUUGGGGGGGCGCGGGGGGGCGGGUAGUUAAUAUUUAACGAUAUUUCAAUCCUAAUUUGGAAUUGCACCAAAAACUACAAAAACCACAGAACACGUGCAAACAUUGAAAAACUGAACCAUUAGAAAUAGUAAUGGUCCCCCUCCAGUUUCCUUGUUGUUUUUUUCCAUCCAGAUUUAAAAGUUGACCAGAAAACUUAAAAUUGCCCAAAAAAUAUACGAAUGCCAACACUUGGACGGCCGUCACGGUCAAUGGGAGCAGAUGAGUUCACGCUGGACAGGCAUUCUGAUUGGUCGGAAAAAUUCUGUGAAAGUUGGGAAAAGAGCAUAAGCAGCGUGGUUUGUGGCCCCGCCCCUGGUCGUGACGUCACAUCGCAACUCUUCUAAUAUGAGUGUCGGUUUGGAGAAGGUCCCCCAGGUCGUCAUGUGGUCGUCACAGAUCCGCCGCACGUUCCGGACCGCCGCCGCAUCCGCGCAGCGCAUCGUCGGGGGCGGCGGCUCGGUCGGCAUCCUGCUGGAUGUGGACGGUGUGCUGUUGCGCGGCGGCUCCGUCAUCCCGGCGGCGCGGCGCGCCUUCGGGAAGCUGCUGGAUGAGCGCCGACGCUUCCGCUUUCCGGUGGUCUUCGUCACCAACGCCGGAAGCUGUCAAGCCCGACAAAAAGCCGCUCAGCUGUCCGCGCUCCUCGACGUCCACAUCAGUCCGGCCCAGGUGGUUUUGUCCUACAGCCCGCUUGAAAUGUUGACGAAGUUCCACGAUAAAUGCGUUCUGGUUUCCGGUCAGGGACCCAUCACGGACAUCGCCCGCACUUUGGGCUUCAAGAAAGUGGUGAGCGUGGAGCAGCUGAGAGAACAGCACCCUCUGCUGGACAUGGUCGACCACAACCGGACCCCCGCAACAACCUCUACAACCCCCGUGCAGACGUUUUCCCAAAUUGAAGCCGUGCUGCUGUUGGGCGAGCCGGUGCGGUGGGAGACCAAUCUGCAGCUGCUAGUGGACGUCCUGCUGACGGAUGGACAGCCGUCCUCCGCUUACCGCCGCUCGCCGGCCCAGCUACCUGUCAUCGCCUGCAACGUUGACCUACUCUGGAUGGCCGAGGCGCCCUCGCCGCGCUUCGGUCAUGGCAUGUUCCUGCUGUGCUUGGAGUCGGCGUACAAAAAGUUGACGGGACGCGACUUGACGUACGAGGCGCUUCUGGGGAAACCCAACCUGCUCACCUACCAGUACGCCGAACAUGCGCUCGCUCUGCAGAACCGAAACCGCAGAGUUGGGACUAUUUACGCCGUCGGCGACAACCCCAUGACAGACGUUUAUGGCGCCAACCUUUUCGAUCGUUACCUGGCUCAGCAGCAUGAGCAGCCGCCCACCCAGACCGCGGGAGAUUCAGAGACGUCGGCAGGAGCUCGUUGUCGCUCUGUCCUGGUGUGCACAGGCGUCUACGAGGCGUCAUCGGCGUCCACUGGGGAGAGCGCCUUCCUGCACGGCCACCGUGACAUCUGCGGCGAGGAGGCGGGCCUGGCCCGACCUGACUAUGUGCUGGAUGACGUGGAGGCCGCCGUCGACUUGUUGCUCCGCCACCACCUCUGACGUUACCACCGAGCAAUGUUCACUCACUGUGCCUAACCCAUAUCAAAUCAUUUGACGCCCUUGACGGCGAUGAACGUGCAGUCCAUUUGAACCGGGAUACGAUGAGUGAACCAGACCUCCAAGUUCAAAUGGAUCUAACUUUAAGAAGUAAUGUCUGGUCAUUACUGCACAACACCAGCAUAUAACCGGUGACCGUCGCCGUUUUGCGCAAUGCGCAAAGGAGUAUAACGAAACUUUUUUUUUUUUUUUAAUAAUGAAAGAUUGCCAGAUGCAGCCAUCAAAAGAGCCUGAUCUGGCUCGCGAGCCAUAGCUUCCCAACCCCUGAUUUAAUAUUACGAGAAAUGAAAACAUUUCUGACUAAAAAAAGUUGGAACAUAAUAUGUUGUCAAAAAUGUAUUAUUCUGAUUGCAAUUGAGCGAUUAUUGCUAUUUACAUUCA